CCGCAAAUACAAAUUCUAGCUGGCAACAUUUUCGUCUCUACGAAGCAAUCGUUUCUGAUUGGCUACCGAAAGUCCGCAAAUUGAACGUCAUCGGAAUGGCAUUGCCAUCUCGCCUGUCGCGUCGCGUACACUUUUUGCGUUUUCCAUUUAUAAAACAGAACGAACAUGGUGGCGGAUUUUGAUGUGCGAGAGAAAAAAGAAGUAAAAAAAUACAUGUGACGGAUUAAAUUUUUAUUCAAUAACAUCACGCAUAACUGCGCACUCGACGACGUCGUUUUCGAUCGUUUUGACACGAAUAACUGAAUCUAUCUUUAAAUCGCACGAACGUAAUCGAUUAAAAAAUGUGUUAAAACUGCGUUCCUUGUUUCCUUCCUAAAGAUCGGUACAAUCUAGCGACACUUGACAAUGCACUAGUACAACUACGUGAUGGUGUCACCCAAGGAUGUGUCGUGGGAGCAGAAGAUCGGUGUCGAGUGCGCAAAAAGGAGACGUCUUCGUCAGAUUCAACGUUAGACGAAUUAAUCGCGAGAUAUAUCUUCGGUGAGGCCAGGUCGAGCGUGAUGCACUUGUGGUCAGUGAUGACACUGGCGUUCUAAGGGCAUCCGAGUAAUCGUCAGUGCAAAGUGUACCGCGAAGCGUCGAAUUAAUGGAACAUGCUUGUCCGUUGUUCGUGCGGUUUUCCUUAAGUAACGAGUCAUGCCCGGCGAACCACCAGUGGCAGCUGGAAACAAAUCCAGUGGCAAAGCGAAGCGGAUCUCCAUACCACGUGUGCAGAGCAGCACCGACACAGAGCUACAGUCACAGCAGAGUGGUUCUACCCCGCUGCAACCCACCGCGUUGCACUAUGUCAGCUUCCGUUCGGAGUUAGAAGACAGCCCUAUCCCACCAGCGUUGCGAUGCCGCUUGUAUGAUCUCUUCCAACAGAUUGAGAAGGAAUUUGAGAUGCUGUACACCGAAAAUCUUGGAUUACAAGAGAAGGUAGAUAUCUUGAACGACAGACUGGAAAGAGAAUGUUAUGGAUCAGGCGAGCGCAGUUUGCCCCCUGGGGAUCUCGCGGAUUAUCCGGAAGCGAAAAAUCUUUCCAAGCAGAAAUCAGUGGGCGCAAACUCGGCACAAAAAAUCAAGGCUGCUCACAAACUGAAGGCACAGACCAGCAAGAUAGUUUCGAGCUUUAAAACUCCGUCUAUGACCUGCACCAUGCAACGAGAAUACGUCGGCCACCGAGACGGCGUGUGGGAAGUGUCGGCAGGCAGAUCGGGGCAGCCUAUCAUAGCCACCGCUUCCGCCGAUCACACGGCACGCAUAUGGGCGAUAGACAGCGCGCGGUGUUUACUGCAAUACAUCGGUCACAAUGGAUCCGUGAAUUCUGUGCGAUUUCACCCGAACAGGGAGCUGGCGUUGUCGGCAAGCGGCGACGGUACCGCUCACGUGUGGCAAGCAGCCGUCGACUGGGAUAUGCCAAAGAGAAUGCCGUCGCUGGAGGAGGUUCCGGUGGCCGGGUCCGAGCGAUCCGCCGCCAGCAAUCUGAUCGGCAACAACGACGAGCAGGACGAGCCGCCGACCUUGCGUACGCCGACGCGCGAGCUCCUGGGCCACUCGAGUGUCGUGAUGGCCGCGGAUUGGCUCGCGGGCGCUGAACAACUGGUCACGGCUUCCUGGGACAGAACAGCGAAUCUGUACGACACGGAAACCGGGGAGAUCAUACACACGCUCUGUGGACACGAUCAGGAGCUGACUCACGUGUCGACUCACCAUACGCAACGGUUGUGCGUCACGUCCAGCAGAGACAGCACGUUCCGACUGUGGGACUUCCGGGAACCAAUACACUCGGUUUCGGUGUUCCAAGGUCACACGGAGACAGUAACGUCCGCGGUCUUCACGCGAGAAGACAAGAUCGUGUCCGGCUCGGACGACAGAAGCGUGAAGGUCUGGGAAUUGCGUAACAUACGCAGUCCGUUAGCGACGAUACGCGGGGAUACCGCCGCCAACAGAUUGUCGGUUUCGAGUACCGGGGUAGUGGCAAUACCGCAUGACAACAGACAAAUACGUUUGUUCGACUUAAGCGGCCAACGUCUGGCUAGAUUACCAAGAACUAGUAGACAGGGCCACCGUAGAAUGGUGUGUUCCGUCGCUUGGUUCGAAGAUAGCAGUGUAUGUAAUUUAUUUUCCUGUGGUUUCGAUAGACUAGUAUUAGGAUGGAGCGUUCUUCCCGUCAAAGAUGCUUGAACAGUGUCGGGAACAGCGUGGCGUUAUUACCAGGCCGCGCCUCACGUUAACGUGACAUUGGAAAUAACUAGGUGCAAUGUAGACGCAGAAGUACAUAUGUAACCGUACAGCAGAAAUCCAGCAAUUAAUCCAAUCAACGAGCCUCCCUUUCCACUUUUGCAGACGACUGCAAUAAAAAGUCAAGAUGUACGUCUUAUUAUUAAGUAGCUGGGAGAGAUAAAUUAUAUAUAUAUAUAUAUAAACAAAAAGUGGAUUUUAAAGUUGCAAUAAAGCUGUGAACGUCUUAUGUAA